UACGUAAAUCAAUAUGUCUUCUAAUUGCUCGACAGCCGCAACUGCUGUGCGAUACGGGUGCGUAGGCGCGCACAGUAAGAUGCUUAAAAUAGCAACAAGUAGCUAACGAGGGGUGCCUUUUAUAUGUCGGGAUUUGGCAACCCUGGUGUUGCAAUAUGGCAACUGACAGCUGUAUUGCAAAGUUUGUCAUUUUUUGGGUCUUACGUACUCAGAAGGUUUUGAAAUACCAGCGCUAUUUGUGUUGUUUACAGUAACUUAAAAGAUUCAUCUCGGUCCAAAAAUGGAAUUAAGUCGUGAACAUUUUCGAGCGAUUAUUUUUUACAACUUUCGACGUGGAUUAACUCAGCAACAUUGCAUGGAUGAACUUAAUUCAUUUUUUUGGCGAUGAAGCUCCAUCAAGGACCAGUGUUUAUCGAUGGUAUGGUGAAUUCAAUCGUGGUCGUAGUUCACUCCAAGACGAAUUUCGUGAAGGUCGUCCAAAAUCAGUUGUUGUUCCGAAAACCAUUGAUGCUGUGCGCGAACUGAUAUUGCAAGAUCGUCAUGUGACCUAUCGUGAGAUUGAGACAAUCUUAGGCAUUAGUGGGACCAGUAUACAUUCAAUAUUGCAUAAACAUUUGACUGUCAAAAAAAUUUGUUCGCGUUGGAUCCCAUACAAGUUGUCAAUCGGUCCAAAAAAGGGUCGUGUCGAUUGGUCGAAGGAAAUGCUCAAAAAAUACGAUCGCGGGGCUUCGAAACACGUCUAUGACAUCGUGACAGGUGAUGAAUCAUGGAUUUAUGCGUUUGAGCCCGAAAGUAAACAGCAGUCGACUGUAUGGGUGUUUCAAGAUGAGCCAAAUCCAACAAAAGUUGUUCGCGCACGAAGCACUUCCAAGCAAAUGGUCGCCUGUUUUUUCGGAAAAACUGGGCAUGUCGCAACCGUACCACUAGAACAACGCAGAACAGUAAAUUCUGAGUGGUACACAACCAUUUGUUUGCCAGUUGUCUUCCAAGAAAUUAGGAAAACCAAUCGCCAAAGACGGAUCACUCUUCACCAGGACAAUGCGAACUCUCCCACAUCGGCUCAAACAACUGCAUUUUUGAGCACCCAAAACAUCGAAUUAAUGGGUCAUCCUCCGUAUAGUCCUGACUUGGCACCGAAUGACUUCUUUUUAUUCCCGUACGUAAAAAACAAACUGAGAGGUCAACGUUUUUCGACACCUGAAGAAGCGGUUGCGGCAUUCAGAAUGCAUGUUUUGGAGGUACCUUAUUCAGAGUGGCAAAAGUGCUUCGACAAUUGGUUCAAACGCAUGCAAAAGUAUAUAGAUCUUCAUGGAGAAUAUUUUGAAAAACAAUAAAGUGAUUUUCGCUGAUUAAUAUUUGUUUUUGUUCUCUAAUCCCGACAUAUAAAAGGCGCCCCUCGUUCCCCCUGUUCUGUCCCGGACAUUUCGAUACUGAGGAAAGUAUCGACGCCAUUAGUGUUUGUUCUCGCGUGGUAUAUAAAUAUUAAAUUAAUAUAUUCCUUUACGUAUGUGGCUCUCCAAGUAAUAAAAAGUGCACUAAAGCAUAUUUAUAUAGCCGCAAAGUAGUAAACUUACACUGAACAGAAGUGGGACUUAUUUGGAGGUUACCUUACAUAGAUUCAUCCUCCGGAUGAAGCCUAAAGUGCCAACUAUUUAAUAUGCAGCCCGGCGGUUUACCAGAUCGGCUAUAUUAACGGCGCCUACCUAAGGCCAGGCAACGAUAUGCAAGCUACGGGACCUGGUAGACUCGGACCUGAAAAGUAUUGCAAGCAAGAAUACAAACGAGAAAGAAGCUUAACUUCGCUCUCUGGAUGCACACCACAAGAAAAAAGUGCAAGAACAUUGCUGCAAAGCCAAACGUGACACACAGCAAAAAGGACGACGAAAAGCCGACAACGUCCAAAAAAGCGGCGGCGGCCAAUGAGAUUGCGAGAAAGCACUUCAGUGCGGCACUUGUUGAUCGUGGUAGCCCGCUGGGGCAAAUGUCGCAGGAGCCGUGGAAAUUAAGCUGUUGGAAGCUCUCUUCGCCUACAUUCGAUGGAUCAGGAUGGUUCAGCGGCGUCAAAAUCAUAAAGUGCAAGGACGACAGGUCUCUCACAUGGGUUAUGGAAGUUGUGAAUAAGCUUCAAGGCCUAUGGGAAGGUGACGCAUUUGAAAUAGUGGAUUGCAGCUCAGUACCAUCGAUACCAAAGGCGAAGGUGUUUAUACUGCGCACGGUAAGCCCGGAGCAUGCACUGCGUCUGCUACAAAUGCAGAAUAAAGAUGUACCUACCGACGACUGGAAGGGGAUGAAAGUGGCUAAAUCAGCGAAUGCAAACGAAAGCCAGAACUAUAUUCUCCAGAUAAAUAAAACGGCGGAGGAAAUUUUGUACGUGGCGCAUUGGAAGCGUGUUCCUUCGUCUCAAAAAACGCAACCCAACGGAUUAAAUCAAAAACACGCUCAAAAUUGUCGAGAUGGAGAAGAAUCUCGGCAUUGAAGACAGGCAGGAACCAAAGCCUGAUGCUGAAGGUCCUUCAAAUUAACCUUCACAAAAGCAAGAAAGCCUCAAUUGAGCUCCUUCAAAAUUUGCAACGUGGCUCUAGUCCAAGAAACAUGGUAUCUGGACUGGACUCACCAAACUACAAUAAAUACUUCCCCAACGCUACGAACAGUAUGACCUGACAGUGGCGGCUAUUCGGAGCUGCAGGAAUGUAAUACUACUUCUUGGAUCCUGUUAUAUGUCACACGAGAGGGAAGCACCGCCAGAUGAGCUUCGCAGGCUGGUUAAGAAAGCCGAGCAAAGAAAGCUAGUUGUAGGCUCCGAUGCUAACUCUCAUCAGACUCUCUGGUGGAGCUCCGACAUAAACAUUAGAGGUGAGUACCUACUUAACUUUAUUUUACAAACUAGCUUAGAAGUAGCAAACUGAGAUGAGGAACCAAUAUUUAUUGGACCCAUCUCCAAAAAUGUUCUAGACUUAACUCUCU